CCCACCUGUGUCCUCCUGAUACUCUCAUUCCUCUCUCCCGUUUAUGUUCUGUCGCUCCUGGAUGCUCGGCCAGUAUGUGGCGCUCCUCCUCUUCUAUUUCUCUCUCUCUCGCUCUUCCCCCCCUCACUCUGUUUCUGUCUCGCUCGCCCGUCCUCUGUCAUUGAGCUCAGUGCUGUGAUGGGCUCAGAUCUGCAUAACGGAGACCCGAAAAGCAGUAGGAUCGAAGGGAUUUAAAUUCACUCACAGGGCGACCACACGUGGGCGACCAUGUUGGGUCAGAGUGUGCGGUUGCAGGUAGUCCCCAUCCAAAGUUUGUCUGAACUGGAGCGAGCCAGGUUACAGGAUGUGGCCCUGUACCACCUGGAAGAGAGGGACCUGGACUUCAAUAUCAGUAUUCCCAAAGAAACACGCAAACGAAGAAAAUCACUGCGAAGGAAGUUCGACUCCUUUUCAAAGGAGAAGAAAGAACGAGAAUCUGCACCAAAAGCUUUUGGCAUCUCGCUGUCCCAGGUCAUCGCCAACGACCAGGCGUACAAACGGCGGCAGGAUGCCCUGAAGGAGAGCCGACGUGACUGUCUGGACCUGGAAGCCAGCAUCCUACGUUUCCGCGAGGAGAAACGACAGUUCUUCAACUCGUCCCUCAUCGGAGGUGGUCCGGCUUCACCGCCUGCAAACUCGGUGGCACCGGCUCCAGUUUUUGAGGCGCAAAACAAGCCGCUGUCACCCACGUUCUUGGAGAACACGAGCCGAGGACAGCGGCGGGGGGGGCUGUCUGUCGACUCCAUCUCAGACCUUGUAGAUAGUCAGUCUCGUCUGCUGGAGGCGCUGCAGCUGUCCCACCCUGCUGAGCUGGAGCUGAAGAAGCCUUCAGAGGGGCGGACGCAGACCAAACUCAGCCUGAACCCAGUCUACAGACAGGUUCCCCGAGUGCUGGAGGGGUGCUGCAGCCACAUCGAGACGCAUGGUCUGCAGACUGUCGGCAUUUUCCGAGUUGGGAGUUCGAAGAAGAGGGUGAGACAGCUGCGGGACGACUUUGACAUGGGCGCGGACGUCCAGCUGGACGAGGAGCACAGCGUUCACGACGUGGCGGCUCUGCUCAAAGAGUUCCUGCGGGACAUGCCGGAUCCUCUGCUGCCCAGAGAACUUUACCCGGCCUUCCUGCACGCCAACCUGCUGUGGGGAGCAGACCAGCUUCAGUACCUGCAGCACCUCCUCUACCUGCUCCCUCCCUGUAACUGUGACACGCUGCUCCGCCUCCUCACCCUCUUACACACUGUGCAGAGCUACGCCCACGACAGCAUCGGAACGAAUGACGAAGAGAUUCCAGGGAACAAGAUGACGGCGGCGAACCUGGCCGUGAUCUUUGGGCCCAACCUCCUGCAGAGAGAACGAGGAGACGUCAGCCUGCACGCCAUGGGCAUCGAGGACAGCACAGCCAUCAUCAACGUCACGCUGCUGCUGAUUCAGAACUACAGGAGGCUCUUCACCGUGUCUGUGGAGCUGCAGCAGGAGGUCCUGAUGAGUCUGAUCCAGACCGACCCAGACGUCAUCGACUACCUCCUCCGCAGGAAACUGAGCAGCAACAGCCACGUAACUGCAGAGGGCAGCGGCGAGUCAGGAGGCCGUCGGGACACAGGAGUGUCUCUGGACUCGGUGGGAGCCUCCAGCGGCAGUUUGUCUCCACUACAACCUCCGUCACCGCUCUUCCCCCCCGACAGGAACAGGAGCGAGGGCAGCCUGAGCAGCGAGGUCUUCCUCAACGUCCUAAAGCUGAACCAGAACAGAAGGCAUCAAGGAUCCACAUACGGUUCUGAGGUCCCUCCCAGGAAAUCCAUCCACCACAUGCGGCAGUUCCACUCCCACCACAACCUGCUCAGCCUGGCCCAGUCCUCCAUCUCCUCCAAUCACGAGGUCCAGGAGCACCGGAGCUUGCUGGGUUCUGCGCUCAGCCUCACACUGGGCAUCAGCAGCCGCUCCAGUCUGAGCGGCUCAAACGAGAACAGUAUCUGGGUCAGACAGACGCCCCGGGAGGACAGCAAACCCUCACCCACCAGCAACUUCUGGGACUUCUUUACCGGGAAAGGCUCCAGCUUCGAGACGAUCGUAUGAUGACAGGAAACGCCAUCAACGCCCUUGCAGACUGUCUGACAGAAAACGUGGACAGCUUUUAAGCACCGUUUGCUCACACAAUAAAUGAAGCAACUCCUGAGAUUAUACGACAGUGGAUGGCGUAAAACUAGAUGUACAGAAUGUACACAUGAAGUAUUUUAUAUUCUUUAAGACUUCACAUUCAGAUCUGCUGAAACAUUUGACACCCAACACAGGCUCCAAAAUCCUGCUCUAACAAUACAAUAAAACUCCAUAGUACAAAACAAAUUUGCUUCAAUUACUUAUUCAAAACUUGACCAUUAAUACUGCUAACAUACUCAGAACCAGCUGUGAUUUAACUAAAUUUAGCAGCUACCAGUCUAAGAUCAUCUUCACAUUAGAUAUGCGAGGCCCCACCCAUUUUACUCCACUGAGCUGAUAAAUGUGUUUGCCUGCAAGCCUGGAUUUGUAGGUCAAAAAUGAUUGGAUCAGUGAAAUAAUUUACCACAGCCACUGAUGCAUUCUGGGAAACUGCAAAUAGUUUCUGAAGUCCAACUGAUCUUGUUGAGGCAUUAUACUGUAUUUCAAUCUAGAAAUGUGGAUUUUACUUCUGUCUCUUGUAGCUAAUGUGACCAAGGGGUGAUGGGGUCCCAGCAAUGCUCUGACAGCAUUAUUUACAAUAAUGGACAAAUGAUACAUUAACUGUUUAUUCAGUAAAAAAAAAUGAGACUCAUAUUAGCUGAUAUUACCAGCCAACUCAGGUAUAUUCAGUAUUUACAGUGAAAUCUAAAACUACAGAAGCUGGAUAGGGACAAAGUGGUGAUAGGGACAAAGAAAUGACCCCAUUUUAUCUUAUUCCACAUCAUUUACAGGACAUCCAUGGUGAACUACUUUACCAAUUCUGACUUAAAAAAAAACAAACAAACCCUAAGAUGUUAAAACUCAAAAUGCUGCAUAGAUAUAAAUGUUCAAAAAUUAAUUUGCAAUGUAAUAAAUUAAAGAGCAUUUGAUACUUAAGUGUUUGGAGCUGCAAACAGAGCUUAAUUCUGAC